AUGGAUCAGCUCAGGAGAGUCAUUCAAUCAGAUGCCAAAGGAGCACUGGAAAAGAUACAAUUGUGUUUAACAAAGAAACUGCUGCCAGAUUUGGAAGACAGAAGGAAAUAUCAUGAGGAGUUUGCCUCAUCCACUUCACUUCAUGGCGUGCAUAACAUUGUCCACACGCAGAGCAAGGCUCGCAGGGCGCUGUGGCUGCUGAUAGUCGCAGGCUGCCUUGCCAUUGUUGUUUGGCAGAUCUGCAGUCGCUUCAUCUACUACUUCAGCUGGCCAACCACAACUACAGUGGUGGUUCAGUACAUGGAAAAAGUCAAAUUCCCCGCUGUGACCUUCUGCAACUUGAACCGGUUUCAAGCUCAUGCAGUGAGCAACCUGAAAGUAAUUUUUUUAAUUUGGAACAUUGUAUCUGCAAUUCUCCAAAAAUUUGCUAUGGAAGAUAAAUAUUCCCAGGAGUUAAAUGAUUUCCUUCUUGGGAACAAGAACUUCAGCAUCAAAGACUUUACAAGGAAAAAUGGGUUUUAUCUGAACAGCAGCACAUUGCUAGAAUGUGAUUUUUUUGGAAAGCCAUGUUACCCACAGGAUUUUGAACAUGUUUUCACUGAAUAUGGAAACUGCUUUACUUUUAAUCACAAUGAUCUUUCAGCAAGAAGAGUGAGUUUGUCUGGAAGAGGCUUACAUUUGCUUUUUGAUGUCCAGCAGGACAAAUUCACUGACGAACCUACUCUUGGUUAUACUGAUGCUGGAAUAACUUUCGUUAUCCAUUCACCCCAAGAGCUUCCACGUUUUGAUGGUUUAGGUUUACUGACACCAGUGGGGAUGCACGCACAGGUCGCAAUCCGCCAGCUGAAGUCAAUUAUCCAAGAAUAUCCAUGGGGAGAGUGCAAGCCUGAUAUAAAGCUUCAGUACCACAAGAUUUAUAGUACUAAUGGAUGUUUGCUGGAAUGCAAAGCCCGGUACAUACAGGACUGGUGUGGCUGUUUGCCAUUCAUUCUUCCAGGAAAUGGAACAGAAUGUGACUUGCUGAAGUUUUACAAAUGUGUUUAUCCAGCAGUCUAUGAUAUAGAGAUAAAAGGAUUAUGUACAGUAGGAACACACAAUUCCACUUGUCCUGCCCCAUGUGAAGAAACAGAUUAUCCUACCACUGUCACCUAUUCAAAUUUUGGAGGAGAAAAAGCCAUAAAAUAUUUUUCUACAAAACUGAAGAAAAGCUCAGAAUACAUCAGGCAAAAUCUUGUGCGUAUUGAGAUUAAAUAUCAUGAUCUGAGCUACAAAAUAACACAGCAGCAGAAGGCCUUGACUAUCUCUGAGUUGCUUGCCGAUGUAGGUGGCCAGCUUGGAUUGUUUUGUGGUGCCAGUAUGAUUACAAUCAUAGAACUGCUAGAGUAUAUUUUUACUAACUUCUGUUGGAUGUGCAUCUUUCUUCUUUUGAAAGCUCCUGAAAUGCCUCAAUGGAACAAUCCAUCCCAGAACCAACCAACACAUAAGGGAAAAAAGAGGGGAAUACAAGAAUGUUAAUGGCUCGUAGAGGUCCAGAACUUACUGAUUUCUUUUUAAGAUACAAAGGAGACUGUAGAAUUUUACACUGCUCCCUUCUCUGCUCUCCUUAUUCUCCGUAUUAUUCCUUAAAAUGAUUUAACUGUGCUAAACAACUUUAAAGAGUGCAUUUCACAAAGUCUCACUUUCCUUCUCAUAUAAAGAAAAAUGCAAUCUUUAAAUUUUAUUUUUAAAAAUUAUUUUAGAAUAUCAUAGCAAGUGAUGCUGACAUAUGAUACAAUUUAGCAUUCAUAACCCAGAUUUUAUCUUUUGUUUUGAGCGAUGAGAAGUAAUACACAUGCCAAAUUAUCUCACAGACAUUUCUUGACUACCAUAAAUAUGGAACAUUGCUAUUCUUAAAAUGCUGGUUCCUUAUUAACAACUCUUCUAGUAGGUUAUCAUUGUAACAUAUUCCAGUGAAGAAUAUGGUAACUUCACCUAGAACAAUUAGGAAUGUGCCUAAUAGCACAAAAAUUUACAGUACUAUCUGUCUGAAACACAUCAAAAAAAUCUCAUCAGUCUGCCAGCUACUAUAGAGAACCACAGGGCAUCCAAGUGGAUGGCAAGUGAGCAAACAUGGGUUGAGUACAGUGUUUAAUGUCAUGAAAAAUGAUAAUAAAGGCUAAAGGCUUCAUCUAAGUCUUACUAAAUAUGAGUCAGUGUAAGAAUUUUGUGGCUUUGGUACUAUUUCAGGCUUCCUGAACAUUUAAUUCUUUAAAAGUGUUCAGAAAAGCUUCUGUCAUUUCCUGCAUCUGUUUGGGCCUAUAGAGCAGUAGUGGUUUAGUCUUAUGUUUUUUUUUUUUUUUUUAAGA